GUUCGCCCCGGCUCAGCUGAGCGCCGUGGAGCCUGCGCAAGGCGGAGACUGAGGCAGGGGAGGGAGAAGAUGGCGGAGGCAGAGGUUUGGAGUACGUCCUAAAUUGGAAGAGUUAAAAUACUGACUGCAAGUGGGUCCUCCCCAGUCACACCGGUGGAUAUCAGCUAGUGCGUCAUGGCAGAAAGCGAUGCAGCACCAACCAUAUCAAAAAAGUGUGGUCCAUACAUUUCGUCUGUAACCAGUCAUGGCAUAAACUUGGUGAUACGUGGAUUAGUGCUGUUUUUUAUUGGCGUGUUUCUUGCAUUAGUGUUAAACUUGCUACAGAUUCAGAGAAAUGUCACGCUGUUUCCACCAGAUGUGAUCACAAGCAUCUUCUCUUCAGCUUGGUGGGUACCACCUUGCUGUGGGACAGCCUCAGCUGUGAUUGGGUUGUUGUAUCCCUGCAUGGACAGACAUCUGGGAGAGCCACAUAAAUUUAAGAGAGAAUGGUCCAGUGUAAUGCGAUGUGUAGCAGUCUUUGUGGGUAUCAAUCAUGCUAGUGCUAAAGUGGAUUUUGCCAACAACAUACAGUUGUCUCUUACACUAGCGGCGCUUUCAAUUGGACUAUGGUGGACCUUUGAUAGAUCACGAAGUGGCUUUGGUCUUGGAAUAGGAAUUGCUUUUCUGGCCACCUUGGUAUCACAGCUUCUGGUCUACAAUGGGGUUUACCAAUAUACAUCUCCAGAUUUCCUUUAUGUUCGUUCCUGGUUACCAUGUAUAUUUUUUGCUGGUGGCAUUACUGUGGGGAACAUUGGUAGGCAGCUGGCAAUGGACACCAAGGCUACCUCUUGAAACGAGAAAUGUCCUUGAACAGUUGAACAGCAGAGAAAACCAGCUGGAGCCUGUUGCUUCUUAUUUUUUCACCUUUUUAGGAUUCUAAGCAUCUGUUUGUGAAUGUGUCUGAUCACUAGAUGGGAAUUUAAAGCAAAUACACCAUUCAUUAUUUUUAGCACAGUGCAGGCCUUUAAAAAUUACCCUUACGUCUACUGCAAACCAAGCAAACAAACAACGUAUUUGGAACCAGAAAAUCCCCAAAUCCAAAAUAUUGUGGGUGGCUUUGACAUGGUUGUCCAAAGCAUAUGAAAUACAACAUUUUGGAGUUGGUAAUUGGUUUUAGUGAAAUCUCUGAAACCCACAGAUUUAUAUUUGUUCAGUUUCCUUUAAAAUGGAUCAGUAUAGCUGCUUCUAUUUUUUUUACACAGAUUUCUGAGAAGGUGAUAUUUGCCUAUACAGUUCUAUUUUUUUAUUUUAUUAUAUAAAAGAUUCUAACUGUUGAUUUAUUAUGUAUGGAACAAAUUGUGUCUUUGAAACAUGCUGUAGUAUAAUGACUUGAGUUAGCACCGAAGAUACAUAUACAGGGACUAGCAGUCAAUUUUGACUCAGAGUAGAUAAUACACCACCUGUAUAUUAUGUUUAAUGUAGAUUAAUGUGAGUUGCUUCCCUUUGCAUGUAUGUACACAGGUACAAAUAAUUAAGAUUAAUUUCCACUAGAUAUAAUGGCUCUCAUUGUGCACAGUGCCAUAAAAUUCUUCUUUAAUAGCUAUUAAUUGGAUGUAUUCGCUUUGAUGGUAAAGUCCUGAUUAGUCUUGUUACCCUACAGUCACUGUCCCCCUCCCUUAGCCCCUUUUGUGCUUAGGGAAAGAUUUACAAGAAGAGAGUCACAGCUAUGCAGUUUAUUAGCAAAAAAUCAAUGCAUGUAUCCUUUCCUCCUACACAUAUAAAAGGUUCUACAAAACAUAGUGACUCUGCAUAGUGUUAAAAGGAAAGACAUGGGACAUGUUUCCAUUGCUUUAUUCCUCAUCCUCCUUCCCUCAUAUAGAACUUUCACAAGGAACAAUUCACAGGUUUUUGCUGGAUUUCCUUUUACAUCUUUGUUUUCUUCCUCUGGCUUCUGUAUGGGAUAGGAACCUCAGGAUUAUUCAGUGGUAACAUAACACCAUACACUGAGAGUUUACCGGUGCCACUUCAGAUUGAACAAUCUCUUUUAUUGGCUGGUCCCAAAUAUUUUUUUUUGGAAAAGAUUCAGUCAUUUCCCCCCCCAUCUCCAUUCUUUGACCUACUGCAAUCCUAGGCGCUAAGGGCCAGAAUCUCUUCUGGUACUAGCCAGUGUAGCUUCAUUGACAUCUGUGGCACUAUUCUGAUUUACAUCAGCUGAGGAUUUGGCCCCAGAUUUUUUUUGUUUUUGUUUUUAUAAUAAUAUUUUUUUUGCAAACGUUAAUUACAGAUGGGUAAAGUCACAUAGAAGCUAAUGUCUAAGGCCAACCCUUUCAAAUCAGGGUCACCCAGAGCGGGGGGCAAGUGGGGCAAUUUUCCCAAGACCUCACAGGGGCCCCAUGAGCCCUGGCCUGGCGGCGG